AUGCGUGGGCGCAUUUUUGUGAGGGAAGAGGGCGCUUUUGCUGUAUUGUGUGAGCUGCCCUCGGCUGUGGACCCUCUACAGGUUCCAGGCACGAUAGCAGUGGAUGAUGGUGAGUGGAAGGUAAUAACCACUGGGAGCCAGCCCUCACCAGCCCCUACUGCUGAUGUAGAGUUUUUAAAGAAAAUGUCAAACUUUUUGGGGAAAGAGGGAAAAACUUUGGCUGAUAUGCCGGGUCUGUUGGGCCUUAAGCCGAGAGCCCCACAACAGGAGACUGCUCCUUCACCUGAUGAGUGGGUGAAGGCUUUGGGGCAAGCAUUAGGGAAGGUCAUGCCACCCCACCCCGAGUCAAGCCCCUAUCGUAAACUGAGGUUGUUUUCUGGGGGUCCCACCCCAAUACCUGGGGAGGAAGCAUUUGAACCCUGGCUGGAGCACACCACAGAGAUGCUGCAGGAGUGGGCGGUGCCUGAGGCUGAAAAGAGAAGGCGACUGGUAGAGUGUCUCAGGGGGCCAGCUCUAGAUGUGAUUCGCACCCUGAAACUCGGUAACCCUGGGGUCAAGGUGAGGAACUGCCUAGAGGCCCUGGACCAUGCCUUUGGGAAAACUGAGGGUUCAGAGGAUGUUUAUUGCAAAUUCCUCAAUGCCAGGCAACAAAAGGGAGAGAAGGUUUCUGCCUAUGUCCAAAGAUUGGAGAAAUUAUUACAGAGAGCCAUCAUGAGGGGAGCAGUAGCCGUUGAGCAAAUGAACCGGACUAGAUUGGCUCAGAUUGUGAAAGGAAUUCAAUAUCAGAACCCAAUCCUUCUCCACCUUCGAUUAAGGGAACGGCAAGAUAAUCCACCAAGUUACUCUCGCCUAAUAAAAGAGGUCUGA